AUGGCGACAACCAAAACCGACGACGCGACGGCGGACCCUCACCGGCCUUCAUGGCUCGCCAAGAUCCACCCCUACUUCCGCGACCCCGGGCACGUCCUCGUGCUCAAGCUCGACGUCCUCCUGCUCUCGUGGGCCUUCGUCGCGGGCCUCAUGAAGGACAUGGACCAGUCGGCGACGACGGCGGCCUACGUCUCGGGCAUGCAGGAGGCCCUCUCGCUCUACGGCAACGAGCUCGUCGAGUUCACCACCUACUUCUCCAUCGGCUACGCCCUCUUCAUCGUGCCCUCCCAGCUCGUCCAGACCCGCGUGAGGCCCUCGCUGUGGCUGCCCUUCUGCGAGGUCGUCUGGGGCGCCAUCACCCUCGCCACCUUCGCCGCCCGCAACGCCCGCACCGUCUUCGUGCUGCGCUUCUUCCUCGGCGUCUUCGAGGCCACCUCGUGGCCCGGCAUCGUCAACCUCAUCUUCAACUGGUACACCCCGGCCGAGCUGGGCAAGCGCCUCGCCAUCUUCGGCGUCAGCAGCCAGGCCGGCAGCAUGUUCCUCGGCAUCCUGCAGGCCGCCCUCUACAAGAACCUCAACGGCGCCCACGGCCUCGAGGGCUGGCAGUGGCUGUUCGUCGUCUCUGGCGUCAUGACCAUCGUCUGGGGCCUGUACGGCUUCCUCGCCAUCCCCGACAGCCCCGUCACGACGCGCGCCCUCUGGCUCACCGGGCCCGAACGCGCCCUCGCCGCCUCGAGGAUGGCCCGCUCCGGCACCACCACGCAGGAGAUCGUCAAGGGCCGGGCGGCCCUGUGGUCGCGCGUGCGCGGCCUCUUCCUCUCCCCCGUCACGUACCUGUUCCUCGCCGCCUACCUGCAGUUCGCCUGGUCCCAGCGCGCCAACGCCUACUUCCUGCUCUACCUCAAGGGCCUCAAGGACGCCGCCACUGGCGAGGCGCUCUACUCGGUCUACACGGUCAACCUGAUCCCGCUCGGCGGCUACGCCAUCUCCAUCGUCGCCAACAUCUCGCUCAACGCCCUCAGCGACUGGAAGAACUGGCGCUGGCAGGUCGCCGUCGGCGCCGCCCUGCUGCAGCUCGUCGCCACCUCGGUCCUGGCCGCCUGGCCCGCCGGCCGCGCCGCCGUCAUGACCUUCUACUUCCUGACCUUCGCCACCGCGGCCUGGGGCUACGCCCUGCUCGCCUGGCUCGCCAUCAUCCUGCGCAAGGAGCCCGAGGCGCGCUCCGUCAUCGUCGGCGUCGCCGUCACCCUCGUCUACGUCGGCCACGCCACCAUCCCGCUGCGCGCGUGGCGGACGGCCGACGCGCCGCGGUACCCCGUCGGGUUCCCGCUUGCGGCCGCCUUCAGCGUCGGCAGCAUCGCCGCGAUCCUCGGCAUGCUGUGGUACGUGCGGAGGUACCCCGACAUCCUCGACUUCGGGCUCAACUGGAAGACCCUGAGGGAGGCCGGGGACAGCGUGGCGCAUCUCGAAAAGGUCGAGGUGGUCGAUAGCCAGGACGGGGCCGAGGGCGAGAAGAGGGAUGCGAGGGAGGCUGUCAAGACGGUUUCAUAA